UUUCAACACUACUAUAUAACAAAUAAUUUGAGAAUGUCUAGUCUCAAACUACAGAAGAGGCUGGCUGCCUCUGUCAUGAAGUGCGGCAGGAAGAAGGUCUGGCUCGACCCAAACGAGGCCAGUGAAAUCAGCAACGCUAACUCUCGUCAGAACAUCAAGAAGUUGAUCAAGGACGGUCUUAUCAUCAAGAAGCCCCAGACAGUUCACUCCAGAGCUAGAUGCAGGAAGAACAGGGAGGCCAGGCGUAUGGGACGACACACCGGUACCGGUAAGAGGAAGGGUACAGCUAACGCCAGAAUGCCCGAAAAGGUUAUCUGGAUGAGACGUAUGCGUGUUCUUCGUCGUCUGCUCAAGAAAUACAGGGAGGAUAAGAAGAUUGACAAGCAUAUGUACCACGCCCUGUACCUCCAGUCCAAGGGUAACAUUUUCAAGAACAAACGUGUCCUGAUGGAGCACAUCCACAAGAAGAAGGCCGAGAGUGCUAGGUUGAAGACCCUCCAAGAGCAGGCUGAGGCCAGAAGGAACAGGUCCAAGGCCGCCCACGAGAGGAAGUCUGCUCGUAAUGCUCAGAAAAACGCUGAAAUGUUCGCUCAUAUUGAAGACAAUGUUGCUGAGGAGGAAUCUUAAGUUAAAAUCUGAUUUUUUUUAAUCCAUCCAA